CAGUACAGUGUGGAAGUCAGCGGCAGAGCCUUGGUGUCAUUUACGGUACGAACAGCCAGCUGUGUGUCGGGAUGAACCGAGUCACUGGAUAUAUUGAACCGGAACAUUGGAUCCCGGUCUGUGGAUAAUAAAUCAUUCAGACACCCAAAUCAUGGCCGGACUGAUCAAGAAGCAGAUCCUCAAGCAUCUCUCCAGGUUUGCUAAGAACCUGUCCCCAGAUAAGAUUAACCUGAGCACGUUGAAAGGGGAGGGUCAGCUGACCAACCUGGAGCUGGAUGAGGAGGUGCUGCAGAACAUGCUGGAUCUGCCCACGUGGCUGGCCAUCAACAAGGUCUUCUGCAACAAGGCAGCGAUUCGGAUCCCAUGGACAAAGCUGAAAACACAUCCUAUAACCCUGUCACUGGACAAAGUUGUGAUGGAAAUGAGCACCUGUGAUGAGCCACGUCCACCCAAUGGACCCUCUCCCAUAGCAGUAGCCUCAGGUCAAAGCGAGUAUGGUUUUGCUGAGAAGGUCGUAGAGGGGAUUUCUCUGUCUGUGAAUUCAAUCGUUAUCCGGAUCAGUGCCAAGGCCUUCAAUGCAUCAUUCGAGCUUUCUCAGCUGCAGGUCUACAGCGUUAACACCAGCUGGGUGACCAGCGACCUGCGCUACACACGCAUUCAGGACCCUGCUCGUGGAGAGAUUCUGACCUUCAAGGAGGUUAGCUGGCAGAUGAUCCGGAUUGAGGCUGACGCCAUCCAGAGCUCUGAACACGAGGUGCUCAGUGCCCCCAUCCGUCUUAUCACCAAUCAGUCUAAAAUCAGAGUCACACUAAAGAGGAGGAUGAAGGACUGCCAUGUUGUGGCGUCUAAACUGAUCCUGAUCCUGGACGACCUGCUGUGGGUGCUGACAGACUCGCAGCUCAAAGCCAUGGUGCAGUACGCCAAGUCUCUGAGUGAGGCCAUGGAAAAGUCUGCGCUGCAGAGGAAGAGCAUGGCAUCCGACUCUUCUCAGGCAACAAUGGCACCUGCCUCUGCACAGCAGGUACACACACAGCAGGCCUCAGCUGCAACUGACCCAAGUGCCUCUAUGGCUCACCUCUUUAAUGCCUUCAAUGUGUGCGAAACGUCCCACCACCUGCAGAUUACACAUCUCGACUUACACAUCUGUGACGACAUCCACGCCAAGGACAGAGGGAUUGAUAAGCGGAUCCAAUGUGGGGCCAUGCAGCUGUCUUUCAGUUCCAUCACCAUGGACUAUUAUCCGUUCCACAGAGCAGGUGAGACCUGUCAGCACUGGAUGCACUACAGCGAUGCCACAAAGGCCCGUGAAUCCUGGGCUCGUGCUCUGCUAGAAGAAUAUAGGUCUAACAUGGAAAUGCUCAAAAAUGCCGUCAGCGGACAAUCCCAGUGCUCCCCUCAGCAUGGCAAAAUUUCUACCAGCAUUAGUACUUCCUUCUCUCAACAUCCCAGCCCCAGGUCCCAGCUCAUGUCUAGCUCCAUCGUACUGCGCAUGGCCGACUUCAGUAUUUUCCAGGUGUCAACAGCAGACCAGCGGCGCACCACUCCUAAGGCUAUGAUAUCCUGUAAUAAAAAGACCCUGUACCUACCACAGGAGAUGCCUGCUAUCUAUCUGGAAUUCACAGAGUAUUACUUCCCCGAUGGAAAGGACUACCCCAUUCCCUGCCCUAACCUAUAUGUGCAGCUGAAUGCCCUGCAACUAGUUGUGGAUGUACAAAGCCUGGUGUGGCUCAACCUGUUUGCUCUGGAUUUGCGCCACAGCCUUGUCCAGUUCAUGGAGCUCUAUAAGCUAAAUGACUCCCAAAAACCUGAUGAGCACAUUGACAUCAAAGUAGAUGGUCUCAUGCUAAAGUUGGUGAUUCCUGGUGACCAGAAUCAGUUUCAGCCAGACCAUCCCCGCUCCAUUUCAGUGCAGACAUCUGAAAUGGUGGCCACGAACACACGCCACUCGCCUGGCUGCUCCCGCUCUGACCUUGAGGCUCUACUGCAGGCUUUUCGAGAGCAGGCCUUCUUCACCUCCUCCACAUCAUCUUCAUUUCCUGUGCUUCACCCAGUCUUCCAACGGCAUGCACAUGAAAGGGACACUUGCCUGCAUGAUGUUUACCAUGGCCUGGCACCUCCUGCCCUCAGCACUGAUGCUCUCAGGGCACCAGCUGCCACUGAUCUGUGGGCUCUACGUUUCACCCAAUUCUGGGUUGACUACGAGGGUCCCCGAAGCCACAGGCCCUCACCAUGUGUUGAUUCGUUUCCUCUCACCCUGUGGCUGUGCCAGCCUGCCCGCUACGUUCAGCACCAGCAGAGAACAAAAGCUGCUGCAGGCACAGGGACCAUGCUAACUGAUGUCAGUGGUCGGCUACAGAGGAAAAAGCUGUUGAAAGAGUAUUAUAGCACCGAGGCUAUGGCAAACCAACCAACCAAUGGCCUGCACAAACCUCUCUCUCUCGAUGGAUUAAAAGCUGCUGAUUCAACUUCCGUUGCAUCUUCCUGUUCUUCAUCCUCUGUAGACGCAGACGUGCAAGUUUUGGUACAUGUAAAGAAGCUGCUGAGUGUGCAAGCUAGCCAUAGCCAGUAUGUGUUCCUGUUGAAACUGCAGCAAAAACUGAAAUCUCUGCAGCGCACCCUGCAGCAGGACCUGCAACAGCAUGGCUUGGCACAGAAAGGUACUGGACGGACGUUUGAUGCGUGUGUGGGCCUCCUGGUGAGCAGUGCUGAAGUUGCGUUGCUGCUGAAGCCCGUGCCAACAGCAGACGUAGACAACAGCCCUCUGGGCUCUGAUCUCUCGCCAUCUGGAAGCAGAGCCACGCUGGAGGUUGCCAGUGAGGCAGGAGACAGCACAACCGGUACAUCCCAACUCGCCUGUCCUAUGGAACAGCUGCUGUGUGUAGACACAGAAAUACAGGGCCAGAGUGCUCCACCUCUCCUGCCCUUUUCAGCAUCCUCCCGAACUGAGAAGAAAGGUUCCAUUGAGGAGAAAAUUGCAUGGUCAGGUCCAGAGGAGAAAAAAAACAGUGCAGAUGGUUUUCAGGAGGGCAAGGAAUUCAAAUCUUUGGCGUUGGACGCCAUGGCAGAGCCAUUCGCUAAGGACUGGAAUGACAAGAGCCAUGGAGCCAAACUACCUCAGUCUAUGUCCAGUGGGCGCCUGAUGAGGGAUCGAUCACAUUCAACUUUCUCAGUGGUCUAUAAGAACAUGAAGAGUCCUUCACUGCAGUCUCUGGACAACAUCUCCAUAGACAGCUCUUUACUAGAAGACUAUGAUUCACUGGAGAGAGACGAUAUGUCUAUCUCUGGGUAUAAAGCCAAUCUGGGUGAUCCGAGUGCUGCUGAGCGGGCCACUGAGGUGAUGGUUCAGGAUGGAGAAGAGGCAAAAUCACCUGAAACAGUCAGUGCGACAUCUCAGAGCACUGACGAGCAGGCAAAAGAUCUGGUGUCUGUGCUGGUCCUGAAGGUUCACUCGGUGUGUUCCUCUCUGAACGUGAGAGGUGAUAACACUACACUAGCUCUGGAGGUGGGGCAGGUCCGUACCAAUCAGCUCGGCAACGUUAGUCUACGCCAGUAUCUUAGCAACCACAGUCUUGGCUCAGGCUCAGACCAGGAGCCCCGAAGUAAGCAGCAGGAUCCAGAGGUUCGACUCCGGCUGGAGAGUGGGCCGGAAGCAGCUGCUCACUCUCCUCUGGCUGAGCACAAUGGUUUCCUGCAGUGCCAGCUGCAAGCCUUCAGAGCUGACUUCCUCAUGACAUCUCUGCACAAUCUCUCCAUCUUCCUAGAUGAUAAUUCCACCUCUCACAUGCUCCCAAUGGAGAUCACGAUUCGAGACACACACAUUAACCUGAAGGAUGAUGGUCCCCGAGACAGCCCUUCAGAUCCGGAAUCCACUCCCAUGUCCAUACAUAUCGACAAUCUUUUGGUUCUGCGCAGAGAUGACGGCUCCUUCCACAUUGGAGUUGAGCAUGCUGCACAGGUAGAGCCACAAAAGAUGGAGCAUGUUCCUGACAACAGGAUUAUUUCUGCACCUGAAGCACGUCGGGCUGUAGACAAGGAGCCGAAAGCCACGCAGACAACACCUCCGUCACCCACAAACCCCUUCCAAACCAGCAGUGAAAAGAUGCUGAUGGAGGAGAACGAGUGUUUGAAACUGGAACUGUCAAGAACCAAGAUGGCACUUGCAGAAGCCCAGAUGGAGAAAGACUCCUUGCUGCACCAAAUAAAGAACAUCAAAGUCAACACUGGGGGCAGCACCAGAUAGGCUAGAUCUGAGCAGAAACAUCCAGUGAAGAUACUCUCUGCUAAACCUGACUCUCUCCUCCCUUCCCCUCUUCUUUCUUGUCCAUCUUCUCUGUUUUUACGAUGGACUGUCCAUAUUUUUUUUGUGGAUUCUGCAGAAUCUGUUUGCCUACAUGAGUGUUUUUGUGUGCGCACAUUCUGUCCUUUGUGGACUUCUCUCUUCUCUUAAAUAGUUGAGUUGACACUGAAUGUCAUAUUUUGAAAAGAAUGUCUUAAAAUUAAAGGCAAUUUGCACAACGCUGAGCUACAUAUAACAAAAUGUACAUAUUAAUAGCAGUUUAGCUGUUAACAGAUUGUCUCUGUGUGUACAGUAUGGAUAUACACAGAAGAAUGUUUUCUAAGUUUUGAAUGGCCCAGUUGUUUGUGUAAAUGGAUGAGUUUUUUAUAUAUUGUUUUAUUACCUAAAACACUUAAUUGCUUCAUUCCAUGCACUACAAUAACUUCCCUAACACAAGAUUGCACAUAGAUAUUGAAUUUGGUGUAAGUGAAAUUAUGUGUUUAGAAAGCAGCACUUUUCCUUGCUGAUUCCUCGUUAGCCGGUGUGUUUUUGCAAUCAUACAAAGACCUCUCUGGUGUGUGUGUGUGUGUGUGUGUGUGUGCUACCAUUAAUUGUGUUGUAGGACAUGUUCAUAUGAUUAGUUUUUUAUGAACUGAAGUGCUGCACAGUGUUUGCAGUUGCGGUGCUGCUUGAGCCUGUGUAAUUCUGGUGUGUUAUAAACAGGCUCAUAUUUCUAGCAUUUUAUUAUCCAUGCACUCGCUUGAGGUUUUUUAUUUUGUUUUUUUUAAAUGCAGAACAAUUUUCAAUGUUUGCCUAUUGUAAGGGUGUGACACACAAACCAAAUUUAGUUGAAUUAUAUCUAUUGCUUAGGAAUUAAGUUUGUUUUGUGUAAUUAUGAUAAGAGGGAAUAAGUCCUAUGUUUGUAUGUGCAGUAAUUUGUGUAUUGAUGCUUAUUAGUUUAGACCAAAGCUGUUCUUGUUCUCUGCCAUGACUUGUGCCCUCUAGUUACCACAGCCUGUCCUAAAUCUGUUAAAAAUCAGCCCUACAACUGAGAAUUACAUGCACAGCAAAUGUACUGAUGAAAUCAUGGAAAAUAAUUUAUUCUGAAAAAGCUGCUGGAACAUCUAAAAUAAAAGAAUAAAAUCAAA